AUGGGUUUCUGCUCUAAAUGGAUUAACUGGAUUCAUAGCUGUUUGAAGACAGUGAGUUACUCUUUCAACUGUAAUGGUGAGGUUAAAGGUUUUGCGACACCAGAAAAAGGGAUAAGGCAGGGAGAUCCUUUGUCUCCAUAUCUGUUUCUAAUAUGUUCAGAGGGCUUCUCCAAUUUGCUAAAAAGGGCUGAGGAAAGCAAAAGGAUCCAGGGACUCAAAAUCAGCAGACUUGGUCCAGUGCUAACACAUCUAUUCUUUGCGGAUGACUCUAUCAUAUUUUGUAAGGCUAAUAAGAAUGAGGCUGUGGAAAUUAUGAAGGUGCUGAAAACAUAUGAAAAUGCCUCGGGACAGUUAGUCAACCUGGACAAAUCAGCAGUGUUUUUUACCAAAAAUGUGGACGAUGAGUAG